CUAGCCAAUCAAAUGAUUGCUAGCCCAUGAAAUGGUUUAUUGAAUUUUACAGGGCAAAUGAACAGUCAUUUAGGUGCCCGCUAUCGGGCGUGCAGAUGUUUAGUCUUGGUGCGAGCGCUGCACCACGCAUCUCCCUCGGUCUCGUCACGACCGCCGUUUAGUUCUAGCGCAAGCAAGUCCCUCAACUUCUCCACUUUGAAUAAAAUACAAAAAAUAUACAAAGUACCAAGUGCUGCCAAACUUCUGUGCUCGGCUCUGCUUGACGGGAAUUUUUCACAGAACAGAGUGUGGUACCGCAGGCCUCCUCCAUCUUCAGAACACAAGAGUGACGACGUAAGAGAUGCUCGCACCGACGACAACAAGGAUGAGUGGAGACCGAAGAAGUCUGGUCAGGUGGAACUCAUGGACUUCCCGUGGAUCAUUUGGCCUUCGUUGCUGCUGACCUUACGUAACUGGUUCUUCACGCACUUCAUCAUCAAGCCGUACUACGACCCCGAGUUCUCCAUGCCCGCCUUCAGGGAGGGGGCCAAACAGGCGCUGGUGAGCGUGUCGGAGGACCUGGCCAGAGGAGACCUGAAGAGCCUGACGGGGCGGGUGACGCAGGAGUGCAUCUCUCAGCUUAGGGAGAGCUUCCCCAGGCUCUCCCUCAAACAAAAGUCAGACCUCAGAGUGGGGCUGUCGGAUAUAUUCUUCUCCUUCCCCUAUCAGCUUGGCGUUAUUUUCCAGCCCGAAAAUGAGGGUAAAAUGGACAGAAUAUUCGUGGAGAUAACGAUGUGUUAUCACAUUUACCGCGACUUCCAAGAGUUCAUUCAGGACAAGGAAGACAUUAGAGACAACUCCUUCAUCCAUCAGAAUGCCGACUUUUACAACGAAGCGGACCGCAUUACCAUAGCUAAUUACAGGUUUAUUCGUGAGUUCACGAAGGGCACAAACGAUGACUGGACAAUCAAUGUGAUCAACCACUUCAAGCCUGGCCAGGCCCUUGAGAACAAGUGACCAGAGCGCCCCUGCUUUGAGUGCGUGUCUGUACGCUGAGUUUGUGUCUGUGCGCUUAGUGCGUGUCUGUAUGCUGAGUGCAUGUCUGUAUGCUGAGUGCAUGUCUGUGCGCUUAGUGCGUGUCUGUAUGCUGAGUGCAUGUCUGUAUGCUGAGUGCAUGUCUGUAUGCUGAGUGCAUGUCUGUAUGCUGAGUGCAUGUCUGUAUGCUGAGUGCAUGUCU